AUGAGUCCCGCGGCAAAUGCCAAGGCAGCGGCGUUCCCGCCUGGUAUCCACGUCCCGUCCCUGACGUGGUUUUCCAGCGAUGCGACGCAGGAAAUUGACUGGGAUACGCAGAAGAAGCAUCUCGAAUUCAUGGUUGAAUCGGGGCUUGACGGAGUCGUCAUCGCGGGUACAAACGGCGAGGCUGUAACGCUGUCGACCGACGAGAAGACAAAGCUGCUCCGCCUCACGCGCGAAGUAGCCAUCAAGGCCGGUCGGGCCAACCUCCCCAUCACCAUGGGUUGCGGAGGAGGGUGCACGCGUGACGUGAUUGCCGAGACGAAGCAGGCCAAGGCUGCCGGGGCCGACUACGCCCUCGUCCUGGUGCCGAGCUACUUCCACUUCGCCAUGAGCACGGACGCCAUUGUCGCUUUCUUCGAGGAAUUAGCCGAUGCCUCACCCAUCCCCGUCGUCAUCUACAACUUCCCCGGUGUGGCGUCAGGUCUGGACGUCAACUCAGAGAUGCUGGAACGUCUGGGUAAGCACGCCAACAUUGUGGGCGUCAAGCUGACGUGCGGCGGUAUCGCGAAGGUGGCCCGUGUGCGCGCGCAAUUCGACCCCAAGGACUUUGUCGCCCUCGCCGGCCAGAGCGACUGGCUUGUGCCUGCGCUGUCUGUCGGUGGCCAGGGCGUCAUCACCGGUGUGGCGAAUCUGUAUCCGAAGGCUUGCAUGCAGAUCUUUGACCUUUACAACGCUGGUAAAACGACCGAGGCCGAGGCCGCGCAGCUCGAGCUGGCAAAGAUGGAGUGGGGGUUCGGAAAGGGUGGAAUCAACGGAACCAAGUGGGUUGUUGCUAAGAUUCUGGGAUACCCUGAGGAGAGCUGCCACUGCAGGAGGCCGUAUCCCAGGUACGCCGAUGCAGAGAAGCAGAAGUGGAUUCUUGAUGUCGUGCAGCCGCUUGCGACAUCGGAGAAGGGAAUUGUCAAGCGGGCACUGUAG